AUGGCAAUUUCUCUAAUCGCCACUUGCAAAACCCACUACUCAAGCCCUACAGGUGAAAGAUGCAAAUAUGCCGGCCAUUCAGUGAAAGCAUUGCCAAUUCGAAUACUAACGGUAGGGAAGAAGAGGUCGCCGGGGGUUCAACUCAUUGUCGAUGAUUAUAUAGACAAGCUCAAGCACUAUUGCCGCGUAGAGGAUGUUCGAGUAAAGUCCAAUCCUAAAAAUGCUCGGGAUAUUAUAGCUCAGAUUGAACAUGAAGAUAUGGCUGUGAUGGACCUAAUCAGAUCCAAUGAAUGGGUUGUAAUGUUAGAUGAGCAUGGACUCGAUGUAGGAUCUGAGCAAAUGGCUUCUUUGAUUGGGGAUGCUGGUAACAAAGGAGCUUCAAGCUUACUACUUUGCAUAGGUGGGCCUUAUGGUCAUGGAAGGCAGUUGAGAGAGAGGGCCAAUGUAUCGAUCAAAUUGUCAACUUUGGUCUUGAAUCAUGAAAUUGCCUUAGUUGUACUCUGUGAGCAACUUUACAGUUAUAGUUUUCAGGAUUGGGCUGUCUUGAAACUAGCCGAAAGGCCUUUUGAGCGUUCCAGGGAUAUUAUGGCUCAGAUUGAACAUGAAGAUAUGGCUGUGAUGGACCUAAUCAGAUCCAAUGAAUGGGUUGUAAUGUUAGAUGAGCAUGGAGUCGAUGUAAGAUCUGAGCAAAUGGCUUCUUUGAUUGGGGAUGCUGGUAACAAAGGAGCUUCAAGCUUACUAUUUUGCAUAGGUGGGCCUUAUGGUCAUGGAAGGCAGUUGAGAGAGAGGGCCAAUGUAUCGAUCAAAUUGUCAACUUUGGUCUUUAAUCAUGAAAUUGCCUUAGUUGUACUCUGUGAGCAACUUUACAGGGCAUGGACGAUUCUCAAAGGACAGAAGUACCAUCACUAG